AUGUCUGGAAACGUUCAGAACAACUGGGAGGAUGCCGCCGAUCAGGACGAGCGCCUGGCGCGCCAGACCCAGAACCAGAUGAACAUCAGCGCUGGAACCUUCCGCCCCGGCGCCGCUGCCUUCACUCCCAAUGCUCCCGCCUUCACUCCCGGCCAGUUCGCCGCUCCCGGCUUCACCCCCCAGUACCAGCAGCAAUACUACGGCGGCGCCCAGCAGGGCUAUGGCGGCGGCUACCCCCAGUACGGCCAGCAGGGCUACGGACAGCAGUACAACAACCAGCAGCAGCAGGGCUACGGCGCUGUCUACGGUCAGCAGGGAUAUAACCAGGGCUACGGCCAGCAACAACAAUAUGGUGGCUACCAGCAGAACCAGGGAUACCAGCAGAGGCAACAGCAGAACCGCGAUGCCCCCAAGCCAGCUCCUCAGAUCGUCAAGAGGCCAGAGCAGCCCGCUGCCCAGGCGCAACCAAAGCCCGAGGCCCCCAAGGCUGCCAAGAUUCUCAGCAUCGGAGGCGAUGCUCCUGCCAAGGUUCUGAGCAUCGGUGGUGAUGCCCCCAAGCCCGCCGCCAAGGUUCUCUCCAUCGGCGGCACUGCUCCCGCCAAGGAGGCACCCAAGAAGGAGGAGACCAAGAAGGACGCUGCUAAGAAGGAGGGUACCGCUGAGGCCGCCGCCAAGGUUGCUGCUACCAAGGCCGUCGAGAAGUCCGAAUCUGCUGCUCCUAGCGGCAAGACUUCGCCCGCUCCCUCUUCCGGCCGCGCCAGCCCUUCGGCCGCUAACUCCGGCACCAAGGUUAUUCGCGAGGUCGAUGCUGUUGAGAAGGAGAUUCAGUCCGCCGAUGUUGACGACGAGACCCUCAAGGAAAUCUACGGCAAGGAGCAUAUGAACAUUAUCUUCAUUGGUCACGUCGAUGCCGGCAAGUCUACCCUCGGUGGUGCCAUUCUCUACGUCACCGGCAUGGUUGACCAGCGUACCCUCGACAAGUACAAGAGGGAAGCUAAGGAGAUGGGUCGUGAGACCUGGUACCUCUCGUGGGCUCUUGAUUUGACCAACGAGGAGCGUGCCAAGGGUAAGACUGUCGAGGUUGGUCGCGGUUUCUUCGAGACCGACAAGCGCAAGUACUCCAUUCUCGAUGCCCCCGGCCACAAGACCUAUGUCCCCAACAUGAUUGGUGGUGCUUCCCAGGCCGAUGUCGGUAUCCUCGUCAUCUCCGCCCGUAAGGGUGAGUACGAGACCGGUUUCGAGAAGGGCGGUCAGACCCGUGAGCACGCCAUGUUGGCCAAGACCCAGGGUGUCAACAAGCUCGUCGUUGUCAUCAACAAGAUGGACGACCCUACCGUCAACUGGUCCGAGGAGCGCUAUAAGGAGUGCACGACCAAGCUUGCUCAGUUCUUGAAGGGUACUGGUUACAACCUUAAGACGGAUGUUUUCUUCAUGCCCGUCGCUGCCCAGCAGACCCUGGGUAUCAAGGACCGCGUCCCCAAGGAUGUCUGCCCCUGGUACGAUGGCCCCUCGCUGCUCGAGUACCUCGAUAACAUGAACGCCCUCGAGCGCAAGGUCAACGCCCCCUUCAUGAUGCCCGUUGCUGGCAAGUACCGUGAUAUGGGUACCAUGAUUGAGGGUAAGAUCGAGGCCGGUGUGAUCAAGAAGGGUAUGAGCUUGAUCAUGAUGCCCAACAAGCAGUCGGUCGAUAUUUCGGCUGUCUACGGCGAGACCGAAGAUGAGGUUUCCGUUGCCCAGUGCGGUGAGCAAGUCCGUCUCCGUCUCCGUGGCAUCGAAGAAGAAGAGAUCAUGCCCGGUUUCGUUCUUUGCUCGCCCAAGCGUCUUGUGCAUAACGUCACCGCUUUCGAAGCUCAGAUCCGUAUCCUUGACCUCAAGAGCAUCUUGACUGCCGGCUUCAACUGCGUGCUCCACGUCCACGCCGCUAUUGAGGAGGUUACUUUCGCUGCUCUCCUCCACAAGCUCCAAAAGGGCACCAACAGGAAGUCCAAGCUUCCUCCUUCGCACGCCAAGAAGGGUGACAGCAUCAUUGCUCGUCUUGAGGUUACCGGUGGUGCCGGCUCCGUGUGCGUUGAGAGGUUCGAGGACUACCCCCAGAUGGGUCGUUUCACCCUCCGUGAUCAGGGUCAAACUAUUGCUAUCGGCAAGAUUACCAAGCUCAUUACCGACACCUCUGCUUAA